UGGAGCGCAUGCGCAACGCACGCGAUGGACGAGACGGCAGACUGGACAAUUGAGGCCUCCGUAGGCAGGGCUGUGAGGGGCGGGACUGUGAGAGCUGGUCACGGGACCGCGGGUCAGGCCCGCAGAAUGGGUCCUCCACCUUCCCAGCCAGCCCUGCGCUGCUUGUCGCCUCCCCUCCCCUAGCUGCACGCUGCGUGGCUGCUCGUUGGCUACUUAGGACGGAAGCUCGGUUGGUGUUUCUCCAGAAGUUUCCCCCUUGGGCGGCGGCGGAGCGGUAGCCGCGGUAGCAGCAGCAACGACUAUCAGGGAUGGCGGCGGCUGCAGGAGGACCUGCAGCAGCCCAGAGGGUUGCCCAGACCUUCCCAGAUGCGGUGAUCGACGAGGACCCCCAGGCGGCGUUAGAGGAGCUGACGAAGGCUUUGGAACAGAAACCAGAUGAUGCACAGUAUUACUGUCAAAGAGCUUAUUGUUAUAUUCUUCUUGGGAAUUACUGUGAUGCUGUUGCUGAUGCAAAGAAAUCGCUGAAACUCAAUCCAAAUAAUUCCACUGCUCUGCUGAGAAAAGGGAUAUGUGAAUACCAUGAGAAAAACUAUGCUGCUGCUCUGGAAGCGUUUACAGAAGGACAGAAGUUAGAUAGUGCAGAUGCUAAUUUCAUGGUCUGGAUUAAAAGGUGUCAAGAAGCUCAGAAUGGUUCAGAAUCUGAAGUGUCUGCAUCCCAGCGGACUCAGUCAAAAAUCAAGUAUGACUGGUAUCAAACAGAAUCUCAAGUAAUCAUUACACUUAUGAUCAAGAAUGUUCAGAAGAAUGAUGUAAAUGUGGAAUUUUCAGAAAAAGAGUUGUCUGCUGUAGUGAAACUUCCUUCUGGAGAGGAUUACAAUUUAAAAUUGAGACUUCUUCAUCCUAUAAUUCCAGAACAGAGUACCUUUAAAGUACUUUCAACAAAGAUUGAAAUUAAAAUGAAAAAGCCAGAGGCUGUGAGAUGGGAAAAGCUAGAGGGACAAGGAGAUAUGCCUAAACCAAAACAGUUCAUAGCAGAUGUAAAGAACCUAUAUCCAUCAUCAUCUCAUUAUACAAGAAAUUGGGAUAAAUUGGUUGGUGAGAUCAAAGAAGAAGAAAAGAAUGAGAAGUUGGAGGGAGAUGCAGCUUUAAAUAAAUUAUUUCAGCAGAUUUAUUCAGAUGGUUCUGAUGAAGUGAAACGUGCCAUGAACAAAUCAUUUAUGGAGUCCGGUGGUACGGUUUUGAGUACCAACUGGUCUGAUGUAGGUAAAAGAAAAGUUGAAAUCAAUCCUCCUGAUGAUAUGGAAUGGAAAAAGUACUAAAUAAAUUAACUUGACACCA